AAAGGAAAAGCAAGAAACUUAAAGGGACCGGAGUGCACUAAAUAGGAAAUAGUGAGGAUAUUAACUUUUAGAGUCGCAUCUAAGAAAAAAACAAAUUAGGGUUGUUGAAAGGAAAGGCGAUAUUUUCUGAUUCGUGACGAGGCGAUGGGCGAAUUCGAAGGGUGGAAUCGGUGGGUGGAACCUGCGUUUUUACUGUGGAAACCUGAGGAUCCAGACUAUGAGAGACCUGUGUACGAUCCUGAAAAGGCUAAGUUUACGGCUCAGGAAGAACUUGACAGGAUGCGCGAAGAAGUCAAUCAAAGCGAUGGUUUUGAUAUCGAUUUCGAUUACUACCGCUGCGUUUUCAACUACCAUCGUGCCUAUCUCGAUGAUGUUGAAUUUGGUGAGUUCGGGAACGAGCCGGAAACCACUGGGGAUUUUCUCACCAGACUCGCUCAGAAAUCUCUUGAGGACAACAAUGCAAAGGAGAAGAGAGAAUUCGAGUUUGUCAGGCUUGUUAAAUCCAAUUUUCACUUCUCUGCGGGGCUUAUGUUUCUGAUAACAUUUGAAGUCAUUGAUCCUUAUGAUGGCAAGAUCAAGCCCUUCCAAGCAAGGGUACGCUACCUCAACGAUACCUUCACUGAGUACAUCUUCUGCAGACCUAAACCCAAUAUUGGAGUAAAAUACUAUGGGAAUGCCAAGACAAAUGUCGCCAAGAAACAAAGAUUGGAGUCGGAGCUUUUAUAUGCUACAAGCAUGGUGAGUAGUGAGUAGUGAGAACUGGAGAGAGCUCUCUUAUUUUCCUUGCCUAUUUGCAUCCUAUAUCUGCUCGUUUUUCUUAACACUCAACUGUGACUUGACUUCUUGUGUUCCUAUUGAAUAAUAAUAGACUUAUAAUGUCAGCUCUCUUUUAGACGUA